AUGAAUGCCUGGAAUCAUACAACUGAAACUGAAUUCAUCCUUAUGGGACUGACAGGUUCCAAGGAGGUCCAGCUGGUCCUCUCUGUGAUGUUUCUCCUGAUAUAUGUGCUCACUGUCCUGGGGAACAUAGGCAUGAUACUGAUCAUUCGUCUAGAUAUUCAACUUCACACUCCAAUGUACUUUUUCCUCACCCACUUGUCUUGCAUUGAUCUCUGUUACUCAACUAUCAUCACACCUAAAACCUUGCAGAACCUGUUGACCUCCAUAAAGAAUAUUUCCUUCAUGGGAUGCUUUACCCAAUUGUUUUUCUUUGCCCUCUUGGUAGCUACUGAAUGUUUUAUACUCUCCUCAAUGGCUUAUGACCGCUAUGUAGCUAUCUGCAACCCUCUACACUACCCAGCUAUUAUGUCCCCAAGGCUCUCCCAUUCUCUCAUCACUGUAUCCUACAUGAUUGGAGCUUUGGAUUCCUCUGUCACUGUAUUUUGCUUAAGCACACUGGAUUUUUGCAAUUCCAAGGUAAUUCAUCAUUUCUUUUGUGACACAUUCCCCAUUUUAGCUCUGUCCUGCAGUGAUACCUAUGGUGCAGAAGCUACUAUAUUCUAUUUAGCUGGUGCUACUUUAUUGCUGUCUCUCAUCAUAAUAUCCUCAUCCUAUGUGUCCGUUCUCUCUACAAUUUUGAAGAUAAAUUCUUCUUCAGGUAAGCACAAAGCAUUCUCCACUUGUGCCUCACAUCUCCUAGGGGUCACUGUUUUUAAUGGUACAAUGAUCUUUACUUAUUUAAAGCCAAGUAAGUCCUACUCCUUGGGAAAGGAUCAAGUGGCUUCUGUUUUCUAUACUGUUGUGAUCCCCAUGCUGAACCCACUUAUUUAUAGUCUCAGAAACAAAGAAGUGAAAAGUGCUGCCAUUAGAGUCGUGAAGAAGAGAGAGUACACCCAGAAAUUAAAAUAA